GGAGUUGUCUUCCACCCAGACAGCGGAUUGGACUGCCAUAAAAAGGGCAAACAUACGUCUGCCUUUUUUCUACACCCGAAAACCCGCCUCCUACUCCUCUUGACGACCAGAAAUAGAACAGCUUUAGUAGACACAAGUCAAGUGGCUAAGAAACAGUGCUUUUAGUCCUCUUAAGCUUCGACCAUUUCUCGCAAAGGUUUAGCUUUAGCAGCAGCGACGGAACGGAGCUAGCUUUAGCCAGAGAGGGGGUGUUGUCAACUAACUCAGACAGGAGGGGACAAUACACAUUGUUUGGAGCAAAAGUAGAAGCCGAAUACUCAACCCGGUCUAAGAAGUUGUACUUUCGAGGGAAUGGCACUGGACUUCGCCGCGGGCUGCGUGGGAGGUGCUGCUGGUGUUUUGGUUGGCCAUCCGUUUGACACAGUGAAGGUGCGGCUGCAGGUUCAAAAUGCGGAAAAACCUUUAUACCGAGGGACCUACCAUUGCUUCCAGUCCAUCGUGCGCCAGGAGUCGGCGCUGGGUCUCUACAAAGGACUGGGCUCGCCCAUGAUGGGCCUCACCUUCAUCAACGCCAUCGUGUUCGGCGUGCAGGGCAAUGCCAUGCGGAAGCUGGGCCGCGACACGCCCCUCAACCAGUUUCUGGCGGGCGCCUCCGCGGGCGCCAUCCAGUGCGUGAUCUGCUGCCCCAUGGAGCUGGCCAAGACCCGCAUGCAGAUGCAAGGCACCGGGGAGAAGAAGUCCAAAAGGAAGAUGUACAAGAACUCGCUGGACUGCCUGAUGAGGAUCUACAACAAGGAGGGCAUCCGGGGCAUCAAUCGCGGCAUGGUGACCACGCUGAUUCGCGAAACACCGGGUUUCGGCGUCUACUUCCUGGCGUACGACGUGUUAACGCGCCACCUGGGCUGCGAGCCCGAAGACCCCUACAUGAUCCUCAAGCUGCUGUUCGCCGGCGGAAUGUCCGGCAUCGCCUCGUGGAUCUCCACCUACCCCGUGGACGUAAUCAAGUCCCGCCUGCAGGCGGACGGCAUGGGCGGCGUCAACCGCUACAGCGGCAUCGCGGACUGCGUGCGGCAGAGCGUGCGGAAGGAGGGCUGGCGGGUGUUCACGCGCGGCCUCACGUCCACCCUGCUGCGCGCCUUCCCGGUGAACGCCACCACCUUCGCCACCGUGACUCUCUUCCUGCUGUACAUGCGCAAGGACGAGGAGUGCGGCAUGAAAGCCACCGAGCCGCAGGCGGCGCCGCUGCAGCCGCUCCAGCCGCAAGCUCAAACUACCAGCAUCUAAACGACGUCCACUUUCACAAGAAUCUGACAGCAGUAGUCUUGAAUUAUGAUAUAUUACCAUAAAAGCUGCACUUGUACAUACAGUGGGUUAUAUACUUCAUUCUUGAUGUCACUCUUGAAUUUACUGUAAUGCUUAGUAAACGGUUCCUUCCACACAGUCCUUAAAAUGCGUGGAAUUGAACGCAACUCGCCUUCAAUCCGAUCUCCUCUAUGUGGCGUAAAACAGCACUUGAGCAUUUUAUCCUGUUGGUUACAAAGCCUUUAUUGUACAUGGAUGUAAAUAUUACAUAUAUUGGUGUCCGUCAUAGCAUUGUCACGAUUCGUCGUCUUAGUUCUUUGUCAAUUGUAGUAAAAGCGGGAAAAUGUGCUUCCCACAAAAGGUCGUGGUCAAUGCAGAGAAUGUGGAUUAUUGGGCUCAAAUCAAUGUGCUUAUGUUAUCUUAAGCUCAUAUUUAUUAAAACUGUUGGCAAUCAUACACUAUUUUAUUACUCCUAAAAGACGUCCCUUUGAGCCAGAUUCUGUUACAAAGCACAACUCCGAGUACAGUGUUAGGCACACUUCCCCCCACCAGGGGACGCUGUUUCUCCCCUUGCUGCUGUAAUAAAGUGAUUCUAUUUUUACUAUUGGAAAUAAAAUAUAUUAAAUGCAAUCAGGAUUUUUACGUUUAAGCAAAUGUGUUUCUUACUCAUGACAUGUUUGUCUAAAUUAUUAUAAAUUAUUGUUUUCCCUUUUGUUAAAAAAUGACUGAGGUGUGUUAAUGUUACACCUGCUGUUGUCUAAUCCUUGUGUAAACGAUGUGCUGCAGUGACCUCUUCUGGCCAGCUGGUGGCACUGCAGUCAACGUACAGGUCCACCUGAUGCAGUUCUAUGUCCACUUGUGGGUACUUUUGUACUCUUUUAUGUCAAUUUGACACCGAUUUCUGACGUUUGUAUAAAGGAUCUACUCUGUGUUCUGUAAAGUGCAUGUUUUGCACCAAAGCCAUUAGCUCGUCAUGAGAAUGAAUGGUAAAAUAAAAACAUGAUUAAUCCUGA